AUGUCAGCGACCGCUGUGCCACACGUGGUGACCUCGCCUUCGGUGAGGCUAACCUCCGAUGUCGUUGUGGCGACGGCGGCGUCCGCUGCCUCUGGCAGCCCAGCAGCCGUCCACGUUGCACCGGUAGAGCUCGUCACGAAGGAGCUGCUUCAACUCGCUGAGGAACUUCGCGUCGUUGUGCCACAGGGCACCUGGGUGAGUCAAGGCAGUGAGGAGGAAAUCCGAAAGCAGAAGGACAAAGACGCUGCGGGUGCUCCGGCCAUACCGAGUCGCCGACCCAUCACGGUUCACUUCGAGGUUGCGCGGCACGCCAUUCUGCGCCACCACACCUCGGCGCACAAGAACUACCUCACAAAGGAGGCGAGCGAAGACAGCCGCGACCUGCGAUCCGUCGACAAUCCACUUUACGAGGUGAUGCGCGACGAGGUGGACGCCGGCGUGCAGGCCGUGCCGCGGCGAACGGUGGCCUCGACGCAAACGCACCACGCCCGGCGCGUGAACGCGGUGGCGCAGGCGGAGCCGACAGUCGUGGACGCGUGUAUCCGGCACCUGCCACCGCCGAAAGAGGAGCAGCCAAACCUCCGCGCGUUUAUGGAGAAAGUCCUCCCACGCACUCUGCUCUGCCUGACGCAGAACUACAAGAUUCCCAUCUACACCGACGACCUUCGCAACUUCAGCGAAGACGACGCCGUCAUCGCCACGCAUGACGAGUUGGUCCUGAUUGAGAAAGCCAAUUACGUCCACAGCUCCACGAAAGGACGAAAGGUGAGCGGGGUGAGCUGGCGCAGCGGUCGGAAGCGCGAUAACUUUGUCUGUGUCGCCUCAAUCGGCCUGCAGACGUUGCCGGAGCGGCUGCAGGCGAAUCGGCGGUGCGAGAGCAGCGUCUCCCUUGUGUGGGACUUGAGUGACCCGAUGCACCCCCGCUACUUGCUCGAGGCCCCAGAGGAGGUCCAAGUGCUCCACUUCCAUCCAUCGGAGCCCAACUUGGUUGCUGGCGGUUCCCUGAACGGUCAGGUGUUUCUCUGGGAUCUCAGCAAGGCCGACGUCGCCAGCUUCUUCUCCAGUGCGAGACAGCACAAACAGAACCAGAAAUCCAACACGGCAGCGGCUACCGCUGUGGGCGGUGGCGGCGGGGAGACAGGAGAGUUUCGGGAGGUGGGCGAGGUGCCUCGCAUGCCGGACAGCCUCAAGGGUGUUAGCCUCGAGGUCGACGGAGAUAUGCAGGUGCCUUGUCUGCAGCCGUGUCAGCAGUCACGCGUCGAGGUGUCGCACCAGGCCCCGGUGCAUGACCUGCAAUGGCUGCCCGACAGACUUGAGUUCGCGUUUGACGGCAAGCAGACGGUCGUGAACGAGACCCACCAGUUUGCCACCAUCAGCGAAGACGGCACGAUGCUUGUUUGGGACACGCGCCCGCAAUAUCUGCCGCAGGAUAAACUGCGCAAGAUAAAGCAUCAAAGUCGAAGCGGCGGAGGCGAACAGCCGUGGGUGCCGCUGCUGCGCUAUCAGCUGACGAAGCCGGACGGCACUGGUGAGAUGCUGGGUUUCCGCUUCUUCUUGAACGGAUGCACAGUGGAAGACGCCCCUUCCUAUGCGGCUGCUGUCGCCAGCGCCGACGGCGAGCUUGGGUUCUGCUCCAUGGUCACUCAGCACGAGCGACGAUCCUCGAUCGUCGUCCCAACCUUCGGGUACACGAAAGACACGCGGUUCGUGCGGUCGGUGGCGCCGGUGGCGCACGCGGGGCCCGUCUACUCAGUGCAACAGCACCCGACGAUUGGCGACGUGUAUCUGACCUGCGGUGAUGGCUGCUUCAAGGUUUGGCGCUAUGGGCUUCUCAUGCCGCUAUACGAAUGCCCACAGAGGCCUGGGAGUGUCAUGUGUGCGGCUUGGUCUCCAGCCCGCCCCGCACUCAUUAUCAUUGGCACUGGCAAUGGCAUGGUGGAGGUGUGGGACCUGCUCGAUCGAAACCCCGAACCGAUGCUGACACAUCACUUAGUUCAGGAUGCCAUCACAUCUAUCGCCUUCCAGCCGUUGCCGCACCGCGUGACACGUCGGUACACGCAGCAGCUGCUGCUCGGCACCAACCUCGGCUCUUUUCACUGGUACAUCCUGCCCCCGGCGCUGUCGCGCGCGUCCAGCGGGGAGAAGAAAUACAUGCGCGCUAUGCUUGAGCGUGAGGCGCGGCGCGUCGCCUACUACGACUGGCGCUGGUCCGAGCGACAGUCUGAGAUCGAUCGCUUUGGCCUCCAAGGUGCAGCGGCACGGCUGCGCGGCACGAUUGCGCAGACGGCGUCAAGCAACGGAGUGGCUGCGGUGCCCGGGAAGGAGAAGAGUGAGCCGGACGACCCAUUACUCGCCGAGCGUCGUCACGACAAGGAGGCGGCGGACUUGAGAGAUCUGGACAACCCGUACGCUCAGGACCCUCAGCGAGAUGAGGAGUUCCUGGAGAUGGUGGAGAAACUGAAUCAGCAGGAGCUUCAACAAAUGGAGUUGGAGUCGGCCGCCUGA